CAUGAAAAGCUUUGAAAUUCUGUAUAUAUAGAUGAUGCUUGUCCAGUUAAUAUGCAAAUCGCAGAGCAAAAGUGACAGAUUCCAACUGCUUUUCAAAAGUCAACCUUGUCUUCAAAGGAUGUUUCAUCCUCCCGUAUGGGAGAGGGCCAGGCAUCCCGCCCUAUGCACGCUUUGCUCCAGCAAUGAACCGUUAAAUCCAGUUCUGCAUCCAAAUGAAACCUUUGACCAGCGUUAUGCGCCAGUAGCGUUCGCUAGUUUCUCUUCCCGGAGUUCGUGCUAGUUGGAAGUAAUACGAUCAGCUCAACCCUGGCUUUCAAUGCCACUGCCGGUUCUCUAGCUUGCAAGCCUUGGAGGAAAGGAAAAGGUGAGGCGAAGCAAGGCGAGAGAAUCAGCCUCUGCAGGAAACGGCCGCUGCUGUCGCAUCACCCGUUCACACGCAGAGCCGAGCUGCAGUUUCCUCGCGGAACGCGGGAAGGAAGACGCGCGCUUGCUAGUUCCCGCUGCCGGUGCCGCCGCCGCCAUGGCCCAGUUCUUCUCGCUGGCCGAUUGCGAAGUGAUCGGCUUCGAUCUGGAUCACACGCUGUGUCGCUACAACCUGGUGGAGAGCACCCGGCUUAUAUAUGACAGCUUCGCUCAGUACAUGGUGAAAGAAAAAGGAUAUGAUAAGGAACUUCUGAAUGUGAUGCCUGAAAACUGGGAUUUUUGCUGCAAGGGCUUGGUGCUGGACCUGGAAGAAGGGAAUUUUCUUAAACUUGCAGAUAAUGGAACCAUUUUGAGGGCAAGUCAUGGCACAAAACGUAUGACUUCUGGAGAGAUCUUGGAGAAGUAUGGAAGGAGGGAAUGGAAACAUUUUAAGACAAUGUGUGGAAUGGUUUCUCGUUCAGCUAAAUAUUAUGCCUAUGACAAUUACUUUGAUCUGCCCGGGUCACUUCUUUGUGGACGGAUUGUGGAUGGUUUGGACAAACACAGCCCUAGGAGAAAAUAUGACUUCUGGAAGGAUAUGGUUGCUGCCAUACAGUAUAAUUAUAAAACAUCAGCUUUUAAAGAAAACUGCGGAAUGUAUUUUCCUGAAGUGAAAAGCAACCCAGGAAAAUAUAUACAGUCUUGUCCUGAUUCUGUCAAAAAAUGGUUAAGAAGAUUGAAGGAGAGUGGAAAGAUUCUGCUAUUAAUUACUAGCUCUCAUUCUGAUUAUUGCAGACUAUUAUGCGAGUACGCUUUAGGGAAUGAUUUUGAAGACCUUUUUGACAUUAUAAUCACAAAUGCCCUGAAACCUGGUUUCUUUUCUCAGACACCAAAUCAAAGACCUUUCCGGACUCUGGAGAAUGAUGUAGAACAAGAAGCUCUCCCAACCCUGGACAAACCUGGCUGGUAUUCCCAAGGUAACUCAACCCAUUUGUGUGAGUUGCUGAAGAAGAUGACUGGCAAAGUAGAACCAAAGGUUGUUUACUUUGGUGAUAGCAUGCACUCAGAUAUUUUCUCAGCUCAUCACUAUAGUAACUGGGAGACUGUCCUUAUUUUAGAAGAGCUUGGAGGAGAUGGUGCCUUGGUACUUACAGAGUCAAGAUCUGAACCCUUAGAGAAGAAAGGAAAGUAUGAGGGACGUCAACCCAAAGCUCUACAUUCUGUUUCUAAACAGUGGGGUUCUUUCUUUGUGGAUACUAUUUCAAGAAAAGAAAAUGGAGAGGAAGUUUUAGUAAAUACAUGGUCUUGCAAAUCUGUUCAUACUUAUAGCACAAUUACAAUCCCAAGCAUUGAAGCCAUAGCAGAUUUACCACUGGAUUAUCAAUUUGCUAGAUUUUGUUCAAAUAGCUCAGUAAAUGGCUACUACCCCAAACCUCCAAAGUCAUUAUCAGGUGGUGAGCGAAUGGCAACCAAAUAAAACAUCUUUAAAGAAAAGCAAAUCUGAAUCUUCAUCAUGCUUAAGCAAAAAUGUUGGAAGCUACUGAGAAUCAUGUAAAUUAAAUACUAUAUAAAUUCAAAAGACAUUUUGGAAAGGACCUAACCAGGUUGAAGAAAAAGAAGCUUCCUAUUUCCCUAUUGAUUGUGAUAUAUCAAUCUACUGUCUAAAAUGUUUUUUUCAUUCUGUUUUCAGAAGAUUUGCUGCAGACUUACAUUCAUAUACUGGGUACCAUUUGCCAGUUCAUGCAUUACAUGACCACCUUGUAUCCGUAAUAACACAAGGGGAGCAUGUGCCGUUAACCGUGAGCAAUAUUCUAUACUAAGAAAGCUUUGUACAUACUCAGUCCUGGGGUAAGGUCCAGUUCCUUCAUUCUUCAUACUGAAAAAAGUGGUUUAUAUGUGUGAAUAAGUCUGAUAGAUUUAGGAUUUUGAGGAUUAUGCAGAAAGCGCUGAAUUCCUCCACAAUGAGGAAGGAUAAUAAUUAGCCUUUCAUUUCAAAGUCUGAUUAAAUUUCGUAGCAUGAAAUAUAUUUUUAAUAAUCUCAAUUAGAAUCCAAACCUGUCAAAUUAAGCGAACCAACCUUUAGAAAAUCUGUUCUGAGAAAUAUAUUAUUAGCUUGUUUUAUGUUCAGGGAAAACAUACAAUUUUAUAUUUAAGCAGGUUAAGAUGCUGAACACUGUUUUUGCUGCUACACAUUUACCUAAUCUAUAAACUACCUUCACCACCAUUGAAAAAAGCAUGUAGUUUACAUCCCCUUUUGUGAGUUUACUUGCAGGAUGGAUUCUCCCUUUCUUACAUCAUCAUUCUUUUUUAUAAAAGGAAAUCUGUAAGUAUUUAGAAGGAUGGCCUGGAAUUCAAAUUUUUAAAGAAAGAAAGAAAUAGUAUACUGGGAUUGUGAAAUUAUUCUGAGUCUUCUAAGAGUCAAAUAUUAGUUUUUUGCAUUAUUCUGAUACUAGAAUGUGCUUGUCUAUUCCGAAGAGAUUGCUUUUCAAACCAGUUGAGUUUACUUUCUGAUAAGUAGACAUAGGAUCGCAAUUAAGACUGCAAUCUUAUGAGCAUAUAGGAAUAAAUGUUAGAGUUCAUGUCUAAGUAAAUAAGUCUAGGAUUAUACCAUAAGCAAGCCAAUGUUUAUGUCCAUUUGUGUUUUCUCAGUAAGAUAAAUCUUGGUAUGUUGGAUUACAUUCAACUUUUCUUGCAUGUGGACUACUCCCUCAGAAAGGGUGAUCUGUUAGGAUAAACCACAGUUCAAGGAUCUGGUAGUAUAAACUUGAAAUGUCAUGAUUUCUGAAGCCUUCCAUCUGCUUUGGCAGUUCUCAUCUGUAUGAAGUUGAAAAUAAAGGUUAUUUAUUCUUGAGUGGUUCUGGAUUCUGUUACUUAUAGAAGAAAAAGAAGAAUCUGCUAUGUGGAAUGCAAUAAAUAUUAUAAUCAAUGACACUGAUUUAUUGUUAAACAUUGACAGGUGCUUAGGAGGUAUUAAAAAAAUUACGAAUUCAAAAUCAUGACUCAUUUUCUUCCAUUUUAAGGACCUGUUAUGGUCAGAAAGAGAGGAAAUUAAUGAAAAAUUAAACCAUCAUCAUACAGUAGAACCAGUCCAUAUCUCCCUCUUCUUAAUUCAUGGGUAGGGAGGGAGAUUGAAAAAUAAGAUCACUUAUCUCUUGAAUCUGUGCCAUAUUAUUUUCCACUCAACUCAUCUCACAUUUAAGCAUUCUGGGCAAGCUAUAUAACUUACUGAAGACUGCCAAAUUAAGUAACUAUUUAGGAUGAUGUAGUCAAAUGAGGUUCCCCUUAAUACAUAUAUUGUCCUCCAAGACAGAAAACACAGUUCGGCUACAAACAUUCAUGAUAUAUUUUCCUGGAACAAUGAAACAUUAGACCCAAAUAAAAUUGGGACUUGUAAGGGAAAAGGAACAGGCAGUUCCUAGAAUAUUUUUCCAUUAAGGUGGCAGCACCAGCUUUUUUUAAUCUUUUUUCCAAAAGAUUCUGGUUCCAGCACGCCUAGACUACAUGAUAAAGCUGUAUGGACAUCUACUUAGAAUUAUAUGGAUAUUUCAUAGGGUUAAUUUGGUUUUUUACAUGUGCUUCAGUACAAAACCACAGAGAGGUGUUUUUUUUUGUGUGUUUUUUUUUUGAAGAACUGGUCAACAGAUGUUAAUCAUAGAGACAAACGUCUGAAGUUCUUUCAGUGCUAUAACAAAAGCAUUUUCAAUGGAAUCGGAAUAAAUCCCUUUCUUUCCUUAGUCUAAGUUCAAACAUGGGUCUCCCAACCCAACAAGUGAAUUUCACAUACUUGUCACUGGAAAGAUGAAAACCAGACAAACCACUUCUAAACAUUUUAAUGUUUAAGUUGCUUGUCCAAAUUAAAGGCUAGAACACCCAAAAUGACCAUUAUGCAACAGGGAUAUAAAAGCCAAUGCCAUUCAUGAUUCCAAUCUGUGUUAAACCAGACAACCCUUGAGUUUGGAUAGUCAGUCCAAAGCACUUCAUUCUUUUAAACAUUGUGAUUUGAGAAAAUAAGUCAA